AAUACAAAUAAAACAUUAUUUUGGUUUAAAUUUUAUAUUAACUUAAGAAUUUAAAUAGAACGUAAAUAGUUAAACUAAUUGCGUACUUUUAGUGGGAUAUAACCUCAACACUUUAAUGGCAGGCAAAAUUCAUGAAAAUUUAAAUAUAUCAAAAGCAAUUUUUCGGGAAAUUGAUGCAGAUGAUCCUAACGCUGAAUCAACUGUAAUUGAAAGUUUGUGUAUGAAUUGUGGGGAAAAUGGGAUAACUAGGAUAUUUCUUACAAAAAUUCCUUAUUAUAAAGAUAUAAUGUUAAUGUCGUUUGAAUGUGAGCAUUGUAACUAUCAAAAUAAUGAGAUACAAAGUGCAGGAAAGAUUGAAGAGAAAGGUAUCAAAAUCAAAUUAAGUAUUAACUCCAAAUCAGAUAUUAAUAGACAAGUUGUGAAGUCUGAUUAUACAAGUAUCUGCAUACCACAUCUUGAUUUUGAAAUACCUUCCCAAUCACAAAAAGGAGAAAUAACUACAGUUGAGGGAAUCAUCAACCGUGCAAUUGUUGGGUUACAGCAUGAUCAAGAUUGCCGCAAACAAAUAGAUACAAAAGCUGCAGAACAAAUUGAGCAAUUUAUAAAUAAGCUACAUGAUCUUAUGAAUGUUGAUGAACCAUUUAUUAUUUUACUUGAGGAUAUAUCAGGUAACACUACUGUUCAAAAUCCUAAAGCACCUCAGAAGGAUGAAGAAUGUGAAGUACAUCUUUUUAGAAGAACAAUGCAACAAAAUCAUAUUUUAGGUAUAUAUUCAGAAAAUGAAGAUACAAUUUUACAAUCAAUUAAUGAAGACGAGUAUACAUUAGAGGAAAUUGAAGGAGAAAUUAUAACUUUCAAAACUAAUUGUCCAGAAUGUAAUGCUGUUUGUGAAACAAAUAUGAAAAUGACAAAAAUACCAUAUUUUAAAGAAGUUGUGAUAAUGGCUACAGUUUGUGAAAUUUGUGGCCACAAAACCAAUGAAGUAAAAAGUGGUAGUGGUAUAGAACCUGAAGGUAUUAAAAUACAGAUAACAGUUAAUGCUAAAGAAGAUUUUAGUAGAGAUUUAUUAAAAUCUGAAACAUGUCAUAUGAAUAUUCCUGAAUUAGAUUUAGAAAUUGGCCCUGCUACUUUAGGUGGACGCUUUACUACUGUUGAAGGAAUUAUUAUUUCAAUAAAAGACCAGUUAGCAUCAUCAACUACUCUGAUAGGCGAUACUGCUGAUUCAAAUAUUGUAAAAAAAAUGAAUAAUUUUAUAACACAGCUUGAUAAAAUCUUACAUGAAAAUAAGAAGAUUACUUUGAUUCUUGAUGAUCCAGCUGGGAAUAGUUAUGUACAAAGUUUAUCUGAUAUUGGAUGUGACGAUAAAUUAAAAAUAACAAAAUAUACAAGAACUUUUGAACAAAAUGAAGAGCUUGGACUUAAUGAUAUGAAAGUUGAAAAUUAUUAAUAUAUUUUAUAAGUUUAU